AUGCCGGGUGCCAGUGAGGAAGCCAAAUUUGAUUUCCUGAAGGUUGUUGGUAAUCGAGGCCCGGGCAAGCGUAUGAUCAAGCCAUCGUCGGCCGUGCUCUCAGGCGACCUUGGAGCUAUCGUCGAUGAUGAAGAGGAGGAUCAGGACUUCAAAAAUGACGGACACUCGGGCUCGGGUUCGGACGACUCGUGUUCUUCUGGCACUGACGAUCCCGAGGAGUCGGACGAUAAUGAUGUGUCUGAUCUGCAGGGCGAUUCGGAACUUGUCAAUGGAAAUGUCCUGAAUGGCUCAGCCGUCUUUGCUUCGAAGCCACCAAUCUGCUCCGUUUGCCUGAAUCUGUGGCGCCCCGCUGCUAAAGACGAGGUCAUGCUGUGCGAUAGGUGUGGAGUGGCCGUUCACGAAGUGUGCUAUGGAUCCGAGAUUGUGGAUGACACUGACUCCACCCACAGCGCGGCUACCACCGAGCCUUGGUUCUGCGAGCCAUGCCUCUACGGAAAGGUCGAGGCUCCAUAUUGCGAGCUCUGCCCGAGCCGCUACGGCGCCUUCAAAAGGACCGAUAUUGGUGGACAAUGGGUUCAUUCGCUCUGCUCUAUGUACACUCCUGGAUGCACGUAUGGUGACCCUGAUUUGCUGACUCCGAUCAGCUACAUGGAGAUCGAUUUUUCCAAAAAUUUUGGAAAGAAGGUAUGUAGCGGCUGCCCGUCGCGUCUGGAGGCUCGUGUUGGCAUCUCGCGGCAAUGUGAUGCUGGCUGGUGCAAGCAAUACUUUCAUCCGACUUGCGCACAAAGGCUGGGUCUCCUGGUGUACAACGAUGGACAGGCCGCUGAAGACACUGCCGAAGAUAUAUUCUUGGUACAUUGCAAGCAGCAUUCCCAAGAAGAGGCUGUCAAAAGGAAGCGCUUGGCCCACAAAGAGUUUAUUCAGUACGAGGAAAAGAGGCGUCUCGGUCUUCGCCGCAAGAAACUCGACGAGCGUCAGGAGCGGUUUCGCAAACGCAACCUGGAUCGACUUGAAAAGUUGCACAAGUCGCUCAUCGGUUCUUCGAUCACCUGGCCGGGUGACGCUUUUGAUGAGCGCGAGAACAAGCAGAAGCAGAUUCGCCCGUUGCAGACAUCUAUGAGGGUGGUUGAGGGUUUUGCUGCAAAGGCCGAGAAGUUUUUCGACAUGACCAGGGAGGAAUUCGAGAACGAAUGCUUCAAGAUACCCGGCGAAGAAGAGCCUUUUUUGCCGCCCGGAUUCAGCGAUGAGUUCAUCGGAUACUGUAAUCAUCGCGAAGCCCGCCUGUUCGUUGAAGAAAAGAAGCGCAGCGAGGAGCUGAAGGAAGCCAAUCUACAACUCCGUGAGGAACUGAAGAAACUGGAGGCUGAAGCACAACUGGCUACUGAGGCGGAGAAGCGCUUGGACAGUGAUCUCAAGAACUGCCAGGAGCUUUACAAUACCCUUGCAAACUUUGGAAUCGACGUGGGUAAAAAUCCUUUUGAGGAUUUGCUCAAACAGAGGUCCGAAGCUAAGAAAGCAAGCCCAAAGAAGAAGUCUCAGUCUGCAGCUUCGGGCUCGGCUCCCACUUCACCGGUCUUUCCAAAGAAGGCUGUGUUGCACGAGUGCAGCAAGUGCCACAAGAAAACCGAUCAGCAUUCGAUGAUUGAUUGCGACGCCUGCCGUCUCUUCACCCACAUUGGCUGUCUCAAUCCGCCUCUCGAGAAGAAGCCCAAGAAGUCGCGGUUUGCAACCUGGGAAUGCAGCGAUUGCCAUGCUGACGAAGACUCCGGCGAGGAAGGUGUUGAAAACAAUGACGACAACGAGCAGAGCUCCGACCAGAUGAAAAAGCUUCGUCAGCGUUCGGAUACUGCAGUCGCCGACAGGAAGCAAAAAGAAGCCGAUCAGCUGCGGCAAUACUGCAGGGCGAUGGCCAACGCGAAGAAGCCCACCAAAAAGACUGACGUCAAGGACCUCAAAACUGCUUCUGUCACCCCAAAGCGCUCAUCCGUGGCCUCUUCAAGCGGUGAGCAUUCGACCAUUCUGGCUUCUAGCAUCAAAUCGACACCUGGUUCGCCUUCUCCGAAAAAGAGAAAGAGGAGUGCCGCUCUGAAGCCGCGCCAGGCGUCGACAUCUACGAAACAUGGUGGAUACGCCAGCGACUCUAGCCGCGAACUC